GUCAUAUUUUUUCUUAUUAAUAUAAAUUACGUAUAUAGAAAUUAUAAAGAAGAGAAAUCGCAAAGAAAUAUUAGAAUGUUGAAAAUUUCGUGCAAAUUGUAAAAGUGUAAAAUUUUGGUUUUACCAUUCUUUUCAUAAAAUUUGUAUCACGAUAAAAUUACAGAGGUUAUGUUACCGUACAAUUUUAUAAAAAUAAAACAGUUAAAAAGAAGCGUGAAAAUUAAAGUUUAUAAGCUGAAUAACAAUGAUAAGACUUGGAACGAUGUUCGAUAAUCGUGAAAUUGGAAAACGAAUACGACGUUUGAUCGAUGGGAAUUAUUCAUGUCGCAAAAUAUUUGUAUUACUUAUUAUAUGCAGUGGGAUAUUUUUAUAUUUUGGUCCACCUUUCGUACAGUGGAUCUUUUCUUCUUCCAGGGAAUCGACGCAAGCAAUCGAAGAUCUUUGUAUGAACGAAAGAUUAGCUACCUUUCGUUUCGAUAUCGGAGAAUAUAACGUAAAUAUUCUUCACAAUCCACCAAAAGAAGAGGAACAUUAUUAUUUGCCAUAUAUCGGAAAUGGAAUUUUUGGAAUUCCUAUUUUGCCAGAGGCUUUAAUAUAUAUAAAACGAGGACGAGCAUUAUCAUUGCCCGUACAAUGGCAACCAUUAAUUUCUCAUCCUUUGCUCAAAAGCAGUUUUUAUCGAGAAGCUACAGUUACUCAUUUUACAAAUGGAAUCGUUUAUCGUUAUCAGUGUUUCAGAGAAGGAUAUUACAUGGAGUUUCAAUAUUAUGCUCAUAGAAUAUUCGAUGCAAUAUUGAUACAAGAUAUAAAAAUAACUAACCCACUCUCAUUUUCUCAAAACGUACCGUUGAAACCACAAGUAUCUACUCAAUGGAGUAAUUAUCGUAUAGAAACGAUCAAAAUUCAAGUAGAUGAUUUUAUGGAUGAAUAUAAUUUAAUUUCGGGAUUCGUUCCAUUAUCCAAUACGAAUAAAAUUGUGACGAUAUCAAUACUUUAUAAAACGCCAUCAAGAACGUUACAAGUUAAAGCAAGAAGUACUAUGAAAUUAAAAUUCUUGACAAGUAUACAAUAUAGCGAACCUACGCUUAUGGAAGAAUAUCACGUUCAAUACGAAAUAACAAAAAAAAAGGCCAUAGAGGCGCUUAAAAAAGCCAUCGGUAUUCAAUAUCAAAAUUUAAAAGAAGAUCAUAUUAAUCGUUGGCAAAGUUAUUGGUACACAGGUUUUAGAAUAAGCGAUUCUAAAGCCGAUGGUGCAAUAAAUGGUUAUAAAAUAAAUUCUACCAUAUAUUACGUAUUAUCGCAAAUUCCAAAAGGAAUUCCAGGCGUAGAAAAAAACGUAGCUAUGAACGAAGGUUGUUAUUGCGGGCAUCAUACUUUGGAUGCUCCGCGAUUAUGGAAAGAUACAUCUUCUAUCGAUGCUAUAAACAACGUAGUCGAAGCUUGGUUAGUAACAUUAGAAAAACAAGGAUGUCAUCAUUUAAUGAUCGGCGAUCCUGCAGCAGUGCAACAAGCUAUCGUUUUAAGCCUCGGUAGUUUACGUUUCAGUAAUCAGCAUCUCGAAUUUAAUAUCGAUCCACAAUAUCUUCAUCGCGAUUAUUUAUUUAGGAGAAUAAGUUACGGCAACGUAACACAUUUAAAUAUAUCGGUAACAGUCGGAGAAGAUAAUCGUGCAAUUUUAAAAGUGGCUUUAGACAAGAGCGAUAGCGUCUAUUUCGGUUGCGAUGCUGGCUGUUUGAAUCCACCUGUUUCUUUAAGUCAAUCAUACGCAAGUAUUCCAGUGAAAUUGACAAAACCAUUAACAGCCAUAUUAUAUAUAACGUCCGAUUAUCAACAUAUGCAAGAUUUACGAAAUGCUUUACACGUUCAUGCCAUAGACGACGCUCCCGCGCAUGAUCACGUUGUAAUGGCCCUACACAAACACGGACAUCAAUUAGGAGGAUUGCCAACAUUUUUUUGGAUCAGUAUUUGUUUUCUCAUAAUCGUGUUUCAUUUGUUUCUUUGUAAACUUAUUAUUAAUGAAUAUCACGGUCACCAAGAUAAACAGAAAGUACGGUAUAGUAAGUUAUAAUGUUUGUAUCGCGCGCGUGUGUGUGCGCGCGUAUGUGUGUGUGCGCGCGUAUGUGUGUGUGCGCGCGUAUGUGUGUGCGAGUACGAAUAUUAAUAUUAAAGUAAAUUACGUUACAUACAUUAUACGUAUAAAUUUAAUUAAUAAUGUAAAAACUUAUAAAAAGAGAAAUAUUCUGCUAACUAUUUUUAAUAUCGUAUAAUUACGUUUCUAUCAUUCCAUAAAUUUCUAUCAUUCCGUAAAAUUCCUAAUCAUUAUUUCUGUCAUUAUUCUCACUAUCAUUAUCGUUACGCCAAAGUAAUAUACCUAUGCCGAAUAAUACUUAGUUCAUUAGCAUAACAAAAAGUGAUUUUAGCAAGAAGAUAAACACGAAACGACUCGAUAUAUUAUAUCGAUAUAUAAAAAUAUAAAAUUCGUUACGAUCGAUUUAUUCGUCUUUUCAAUAAAAUUAAUUUGCAAAAAAAUAACAAAUCACGGCAGGAAUCUCAGUUACGAUAUUUAUAUUAUAGGGAAUUGUAAUAUAACGUAAUAUAAGUAAAUACAUUUUCAGUAAUUAGAAAAAGGGCUUCCUCACUGAUUUCAAUCGUGAUUUUUGGAUAAAAGACAAGAUUUCGAACAAUUUUUUUCUAUGUAUAUAAUAUAUAAUAUAUAAUAUAUACCGCAUCUUAUAACAUUAUACAUGCCAUAUAUAUAUAUCAUACCUAUAUCGAAUCUCGCCUAUACGUAUCGCGUUCGCAUAAGCACGCAAUCGUCGCUUAUCUCUCGUUAAUGUAAACGCAUCAUGGCGGUUAACACUUAAAAUGUACGAUGGAUAACCUAUUACGAAUAUUUCUUAGAAUAUAUUUGCGAAUAAUGUGAAAAUAAAAUAUAAAAACUUUGAACGAUUGAAAUUACAACGAAGUUAUAACAAUAGAUAAUAAGAAUUUGAAAAAUUUAUCCUAACCGACAGUUAGGAUAAAUUCGAAAAUAUUAUUCGACACAUUCGCCAUUAUUCGCCAUUUAAAAAGAAACAGUUCGAUUGUAUCGUUAAUUUUUCACAAUAUGAAAAAAAUAGAUAACGUAAAAACGAACAAACGUAAUCGAUCAUAAUCGAUCGCUUUUUAACACGCGUAAUCAUCUUUAUCGAAUGUAACAAAAUUUUACGAAAAUUAAUAACCAACGUCGGUCACGAAACACGGUCGUAAAGUUAUUUUACACAAAAUGAUUCGAAUUAAUAAAAAAUAUUCGGACAUUUAACAAAUUUAUAUUUCUGUAAUAAUCAACUUUUUUUUUUUACAAAAUUUUUAACUCGUUUAAUAUUUUCUUUUUUCACGAUUCAAAUAGUUUCAAAUAGUUUAACAUAGUAAAAAUUAUCUUUCAUCGAUAACAGACUCCAAAUUUUAUUUUUAUUUAGACGAAUUUAUCAUUUUUCUUUAAUACAGAUCUUUUACUUUUGUACUUCCAUACUCGAUAUACCUUUAUAAUAAUGUAUAUAGAUAGGAAAAAAAAAAAAAAAAAAAAAGAAAGAUCUACGAUCCAUUAUAACCAUUAUAAAUCGAAGAAAAAUACAAUUUCAAUUUAAGGGAAUCAAAAUUACUAAUUUAAGGGAACUAAAAUUACGAAUUUUGCAUAGUCGCAUAAAUAAUUUUAUACGAUAAAUCGAAUCGA